UUCCGCCUCGUCUUCCUGGGUCUCUAAUUCGGCGAGUCGGGACCGUCCGCCUCCGAUCCGAAACGGCUGCGGCGGCGCCAGGGCGGCGAGGCCCCGACGCGGCGGGCGGGAUGAGCGGGGCGCGCGUCGGAGCGGUGCGGACGCUGCGGGUGCCGGGCCGCCAUGGCUACGCGGCCGAGUUCUCGCACACGCCACCAGCUGAGAGCAGGCUCAGCGGAUGUGACCUCUCCGGCCAGUCCGACAGGACCAAAAGCACUUUUAAGGGGACGGCCUGCAGGGUCACCCCCAUACCUGCUAAUGGGUCCGCCUUCCUCACAGUCUGCAUUCAGGCUGUGGGUCGCUGUGGAACCCUUCUAAUAUUGGAUCAAAAUGAAUCUGGGCUUAGACUUUUUAGAAGCUUUGACUGGAAUGACGGUUUAUUUGAUGUGACCUGGAGUGAGAACAACGAGCACGUCCUGGUCACCUGUAGCGGCGAUGGCUCGCUGCAGCUCUGGGACACCGCCAAAGCCGCAGGACCGCUGCAGGUCUACAAGGAGCAUGCUCAGGAGGUCUACAGUGUUGAUUGGAGCCAAACCAGAGGUGAACAGCUCGUGGUGUCUGGCUCAUGGGAUCAAACCGUCAAACUGUGGGAUCCAACUGUUGGAAAGUCUCUGUGUACCUUUAGAGGCCAUGAAAGCGUCAUUUAUAGCACAAUCUGGUCGCCCCACAUCCCUGGUUGCUUUGCUUCCGCCUCAGGUGAUCAGACUCUGAGAAUCUGGGAUGUGAAGUCAACAGGAGUCAGAAUUGUGGUUCCAGCCCAUCACGCAGAAAUUUUGAGUUGUGACUGGUGUAAAUACAAUGAGAAUUUGCUGGUCACGGGGGCAGUUGAUUGUAGUUUGAGAGGCUGGGACCUGCGGAACGUACGGCAACCAGUAUUCGAACUUCUUGGUCACACCUAUGCUAUUAGGAGAGUGAAAUUUUCGCCGUUUCAUGCUUCCGUUCUGGCCUCUUGCUCCUAUGAUUUUACUGUAAGAUUCUGGAACUUUUCAAAACCUGACCCUCUUCUUGAAACAGUUGAACAUCAUACAGAGUUUACUUGUGGUUUAGAUUUAAGUCUUCAGAGUCCUACUCAGGUGGCUGAUUGUGCUUGGGACGAAACGAUAAAGAUCUAUGAUCCUGUUUGCCUCACUAUGCCUGCUUGAGACCCGCUGCUCCAGUCAGAGACAAAGGACAUUGACUGGGAACGACUUAACGGGAAAUAAACUAACUAUUAAUGACAUAGAUAUUAUGCUUUUAUAUGCUAUGCAGAUUUCAAAUUUGAAAAAUUGACCCUGGAAUCCGUUGUUUUUUUUUUUUUUUUUUCUCCCCUGGAAUCAGUUUUGAGGCAGCUGAUAAAGACUUUGGCUCACUGUAUAAGCCUGUUACAUAAGCCAUAUUUCUUAAAAUCCUAGGAAAUAAUUGAUGUGAUGGAUUAUCUUGCAGUAUCCAUUAAACUGUAAUCUCUGCGUUGCAAAAUGGAUUAAAUAAGGGAGGUCGGUAGAUUAUAUUGAUAGUGAUAUAUUUCAUUUUUAAUUUGUCAUUUUUGAUGUAAAAUAUAAUCACUGCUGUUGGUAAAAAUCAAAAUAAAUUCAUCUCUUGAUUACUUAUGAUUUUA